CCGCGCCGCCCGCACCCAUGCCGGCCCCGGCCGCGCUCCUCAGCCUCGCCGCCGCGCUGGCGCUGGCCGCGGGCGCAGGGACCGAGCGGACAGAGCCCACUCCACCGUACCCCAGCAGCGACAUCGUUCAUCCCAUCAAGGUGGACGAGAGCGGCUCAUUCCUGUCCUAUGACCUGUCCCACCGAGCCCUCCACAGAAGGUCCCCUUCCUCCAGGAGCAAGUUUCUUGCCUUCUACAAACUGCAUUACAAAGGACAACCCCUGAAAUUCAACCUGAGCCUCAACAACCACCUCCUGGCGCCCGGGUUCGUCACCGAGAGGCGAUUCGGGGGCAUCGCCAGUGCCAAAAUCCAGUCUCACACCUACAACUCCUGCCAUAUGAUCGGGGAGGUUCGGAGCUGGGCGCUGCAGGGAGGUCCGGCCGCGCUCAGCACCUGCGAUGGCCUGAAAGGCGUGUUCCGGCUCAUGGAUGAGGACUACUUCAUCGAACCAGUGCCCAGCACCUUUUGGGAGGAUGGAGCAGCACAGCCCCACAGGAUAUACAAGCGCCAGGCACCCGAGCUGGGGGCAGAGCCAGGCAGGAGGCCACCAGCUCCACGGGAGACCUGUGGUGUGCAAGAAUCCCAGGAAAGCCUGGGAAAGGUCUGAGAAGCGAAGAGAAGAUGGGAACAGAAGCAGCACAGGAGGAGAAGAAUAAAGCAGCGCUCCAUCAGCAAGGAGAAGUGGGUGGAAACGCUGGUGGUGGCGGACACCAAGAUGAUAGAAUACCACGGGAGCGAGAACAUCGAGAAGUACGUGCUGACCGUGAUGAACAUGGUGGCGGGUCUGUUCCACCACGCCAGCAUUGGGAACCCCAUCAACAUUGCCAUAGUGCGACUCAUCCUGCUGGAGGACGAAGAGGAGGAUCUGAAGAUCUCCCACCACGCAGACAACACCUUGAAAAGCUUUUGCAAAUGGCAGAAGAGCAUCAACGUCAAAGGAGAUUCCCAUCCGCUGCAUCACGACGUCGCCGUCCUGCUCACAAGGAAGGACAUCUGCGCAGCGAUGAACAGGCCCUGCGAGACCCUGGGGCUGUCCCACGUGGCGGGGAUGUGCCAGCCCCACAGGAGCUGCAACAUCAACGAGGACACGGGGCUGCCGCUGGCCUUCACUGUGGCGCAUGAGCUCGGACACAGUUUUGGGAUUCAGCAUGAUGGAAGCAGCAAUGACUGUGAGCCAGUUGGGAAAAGACCUUUCAUCAUGUCUCCACAGCUCCUGUAUGACACGUCCCCACUCACCUGGUCCCGCUGCAGCCGGGAGUACAUCACACGAUUCCUUGACCGGGGCUGGGGGCUGUGCCUGGAUGACCCCCCGGCCCGUGAGGUGCUGGACUACCCCUUGGUACCCCCGGGUGUCCUCUAUGACGUGGGCCACCAGUGCCGGCUGCAGUACGGCGCCUACUCCACCUUCUGCGACGACAUGGACAGCGUCUGCAACACGCUGUGGUGCACAGUGGGGAACACGUGCCACUCCAAGCUGGACGCUGCUGUUGAUGGCACGGCGUGCGGGGAGAACAAGUGGUGCUUCAACGGCGAGUGCGUGCCCGUGGGUUUCCGUCCCGAUGCCAUCAACGGUGGCUGGAGCUCCUGGAGCUCCUGGGCUGCCUGUUCCCGGAGCUGCGGCGCGGGCGUGCAGAGCGCAGAGAGGCAGUGCAGCAGCCCCACGCCGAAGUACGGGGGCAGGUACUGCCUGGGGGAGCGGAAGCGGUUCCGGAUCUGCAACGUGCGGCUGUGUCCCCCCGACAAGCCCUCCUUCCGCCAGGUCCAGUGCAGCCAGUUCAACCCCAUGCUCUACAAAGGGAAGUUCUACAAGUGGACACCGGUGCCCAACAACAUGAACCCCUGCGAGCUGCACUGCCGCCCGGAGCACGAGUACUUUGCGGAGAAGCUGCGGGAUGCGGUCAUCGAUGGGACACCGUGCUACGAGAUGAACGCCAGCCGCGACCUCUGCAUCAACGGCAUCUGCAAGAACGUGGGCUGCGACUACGAGAUCGACUCCAACGCGGUGGAGGACCGGUGCGGCGUGUGCCACGGGGACGGCUCCACGUGCCACACCGUCCACAAGACCUUCGAGGACAGCGAGGGGCUGGGUUAUGUCGAUAUUGGGAUUAUCCCUGUGGGAGCCCGGGAGAUCCGGAUUGAAGAGGUCGCAGAAGCUGGGAAUUUUCUGGCGCUGCGGAGCGAGGACCCGGAGAAGUAUUUCCUGAAUGGAGGCUGGACCAUCCAGUGGAACGGGGACUACAGGGUGGCAGGAACCACCUUCACCUACAAGAGGACAGGGAACUGGGAGAACCUGACCUCGCCGGGGCCCACUGUGGAGCCUGUGUGGAUCCAGCUGCUGUUCCAGGAGACCAACCCGGGUGUGCGGUACCAGUACACGAUCCAGCGCCCCGCCGACAGCGAGAACGACAUCGAGCAGCCCGAGUUCCUCUGGCGCUUUGGCUCCUGGACCACGUGCACCGCCACGUGUGGCACUGGGGUGCAGCGGCAGGUCGUGCACUGCGUGGAGAAGCUGUCGGGCAUCGUGGAGGAGCGGCACUGCGACGCGCUCACCCGCCCCGACGACCAGCAGCGCACGUGCAGCGAGGAGCCCUGCCCGGCCAGGUGGUGGGUCGGUGAGUGGCAGAAAUGCUCCGUCACCUGCGGGCACACGGGGCUGAUGAAGAGGACGGUGCUGUGCAUCCAGAGCGUGGGGCUGGACGAGCAGAGGGCCCUGCAGCACGCGGACUGCCAGCACCUCGCCAAGCCGGACGCCACCGCGCCCUGUCACCGGGAUGUCCCCUGUCCCUCCCAGUGGGCCGUGGGGAACUGGUCCGAGUGCUCUGCCACGUGUGGCAAUGGGACCCAGAGGCGCCCUGUUUACUGCAGCAACAGCACUGGAGCCGCCUGUGACCCUGCAGAAAGACCCAGCUCGGAAACUGUUUGCUCCUUGCCACAGUGCUGGAAGAAAUUGGACAGUGCCAACACGGACUGGUCUGGCAGCGGGUCCUCCAGCAGGGAGAUAUUUAAUGAAAUCCAUUACAUUCCCAGCAGCCACAUUCCUAAAUUUAACCCCUUAAUUCCAAAUAUUCCAGAGUCCAAUGAUGUCAAUAUCAUCACUGAGGAGGACUUCUCAGCCAGAAAGGGAAACGUCUUUGUUGAUGAUUUUUACUAUGAUUAUAAUUUUAUCAACUUCCAUGAGGAUCUGUCUUACUAUCCCUUCACAGAGAAAGAGACCAAAGGUGAGGAGCCUAAGCCAGGGCUGAGCACCAACGAUGUGGAGGGGCCCCGUGAGCUGCCAGCUGAUGUCCUGCACACCACUGUCCUGGGCAGAGCAGCAAGUGAGGACCAUCUGACGUCCAACGAAGCAAACACUUCUGCUCCUGUGCAUGGUGAAGGAGAGACGGAGCCUGAGGGAUUCGAUGUGAAUGACCUCCUGAGCAUGGUCCCUGAGGAUGCGGAAACUGCUGUUCCCAGAUAUACCAUCCCUGACUUUGUGGGUGAGGAGGAGGAUGUAAUGCUUGUGCCCCGCUCUGAGGAGCACCCACCCACCCAGAGCACCACGAGUCAUAGCCAUGACCACCCGCUCGUGGAUGAACCCUGGGGAGCCGUGCCAACAAGGACCAGUGCUGGGCAGGAUGCUCCAGCCCAUGGCCUCGCUGCCCAGGCUCCCUCCCCAGCUGAUCCCUCCCCACCACUGCCCCCUGGCAGGAGCAGCGCUGGCACAGGCACGUCUGACAGCCGUGGGGAGCCGGGGAGCCGUGGUGAGGGGCCUGUGAGCAGCGAGGGGACGGGUGACACCAGCAGUGAGGAGCACCACGUGGCUGGUUCUGCGGGGAGAGCCCAUGGAGGUGCAAGGGAAAUGGAUCUUGUCAUCACCGGUGAUGCUGAUGGUGCUGCCCCCGAGACCACGGAGCAGGAAGGGUGGGAAGAAAUGCCGAAGGGGACAGCGGGCACACGCACCAUGCCAGCAGCCGAUGAGCAAUCCCGUGGGACAGAGAGGGCAGAUCUUUCCUUCCCCACUCCUCAGGGACCACGGUGGGAGAUGGAGAUGGGAAGGAGUGCUGGCAGCACCCAUCUCCCUGCAAGUUCCUACCCUGUGGGUGCUGAUGGUGGCUCCGCAGGGCAGGCAGAGCUCCACACCCCUGCCUCCCUGACCUUGCCCCCCUUGGUGGCCACUACAGCCUCUCCAGCAGCAGUGUCCUUGUCCCCUGCCAUGCCCGGACCAGCCACCCAGCUCACCUCCAGCGGCCUCACCCAGCAAGGUGUCUCAGCACCAGCUGUGCCCACGGCUCCAGCUCACAGCCCUCCUGUGCACCCAGCAGGAGCAUCGCCCUCUGAGUCCCCCCCGGCAUGGUGGACCAUGGGGGUGUCCCACCACCCGGAGCUGGGAUCGCUCCAUGAAGAGCAGAGCUCCCACGGGGCCCCACUCAGCAGCACCGUGCCAGGAGAGCGCUCACCAUGGGCAACCUCAGGGACAUUUGCUUUCCACGAUGGGGAGCAUGAGUUAUCCCAGCCCACCCCUGUCCCGCCACCGCCCUGGGGGGAGGAAAAGAUGGAGAAGGAGGAGGCUUUGCUUCCACCAUUGACCACCAUGGGAGCCACUGCGAUGCCCAGCUGGGAGGUCGGGAACUGGAGCGAGUGCUCAGUUACGUGCGGUGUGGGUGCGAUCUGGAGGACCGUGCGCUGCAGCACCGGCAGUGACGCCGCCUGCGCCGCUGCCAACAGGCCCGUCCCUGCUCGGAGGUGUUCCCUGAGACCCUGCUCGUCCUGGCGUGUGGGGAACUGGAGUAAGUGCUCCAGGAGCUGUGGUGGAGGCACGAAGGUUCGGGACGUGCAUUGCAUUGACACCAGAGACCAGAGGCUGCUUCGGCCCUUCCACUGCCAGGCUGCCCUCUACAAGCCACCCGCUCAGCUCCCUUGCCAGAGCUCGCCGUGCCUGGACUGGUACAUGUCCUCCUGGAGAGAGUGCUCGGAGGCGUGCGGCGGUGGGGAGCAGGAGCGGCUGGUGACGUGCCCGGAGCCGGGGCGCUGCGAGGAGACGUUACGGCCCAACAGCACCCGGCCCUGCAACACGCAGCCCUGCACCACCUGGGUGGUGGGCUCCUGGGGAGAGUGCACAGCUCCCUGCGGUGGGGGCAUCCAGCGGCGCCAGGUCAAGUGCAUGAACACCAAGACAGGGCUGGCCGAGGAGGACAGCAGCCUCUGCGACCACGAGCCCUGGCCUGAGAGCACCCAGAAGUGCAACCCGCAGGACUGUGAGAGCUCCGAGCCAGGCCUCGCCUGCGAGCGCGAUCGCUUGACGUUCGGCUUCUGCCAGACCCUGCGGCUCCUGGGCCGGUGCCACCUCCCGACGGUCCAUCUCCAGUGCUGCCGAAGCUGCCGCCAGCACGGGCCCCGGGACCGCGGGGACGAGCGGGCCUCCCGCAGGUGACAGCACCGUCCCCACGGACCAGGAGCGCCCGGACUCGUGGCGGCUCCCGGGGCAGCGGAGGAGGGAGCUGGGUCACACCAGGACUCACGGCUCUGCCGGUCGGUGCUCUUCCAACCCGGGAAAGGCUCGAUGCUUGUAUCUGUGCUACACUAACGGUGCUCAACCAUCCGUCUGACAGUAAGGUCUGGCAUGGGCGGGUGUGCGGGUCCCACUGGUCCCACGGGAGGUGCCGGGGCAGCCGGGACCCUCCGCUGGGGUCAAGCUGCUGCUGGGUGACCAGCGGGAAACGCAUUGGGGAUGGGAAACUGAAAGCAGCAAUAGUUGUGGGAGACCUCUCAGCAAUGCUCAUGGUGCUAUCAUUCGACACUCUCAGCCUCUCGAUGGUGUUGGCAGGCCAGCACGAAACCCUUGACUUCUAUUGUUAUUUUUAUACGUCUGAAGGAGCACCCAGCGCUCCAGCAGCACGGCGGCCGCGUGGGUUAGAGUACUGCCUUUAUUCCUUAAGGGACUUGAAGCUGACAACCCAUUUCUGUAACUUGCAUUAAAAUGUUUAUGCACUGAAGCUAAACAGCCGUAAUUUAAGAUGUGGCGACAGAGCAGAGGAAUAAACCAUCAGCUUCAGUUAUCCCCAUGAGGCCAGAGCUCGUGGUAUGUGCAGAGGCUCCAUCCCCUCAUCUCCCCACUGCUGGCUUUCUCUGCUGAAGCCAUUGCCUGUAUCCUUGCCUGGGCAUGGUCAGGGACACCAGGGCACGAGUGAGAUGACAGUUGGGUUUGGAGUCCCACAGUGGGUGUGGUUGUGGAGGAGGGGAACGCUGCUCUGCCCCUGUGGUGAGCAGCAGAGCACCCACAUGCCUGGAUUUCUGUAUGCAGUUACGGCGUAGCAGUUUAAUGGUUGGUCAAGGUGUUUUUCUGUGUUCUUACAAGCUAAACCCCUUUUUCCUGCUUAUAUAGAUUCACCUCUGUUAAGGUUAGCUGAUUCUUUUAACUAGAUUAUCCAAUAUUGUAUGUGGAAUGGCAUUCGUCCAGCACAGCUCUUACCGGGAGUGCUGUGUGUUAAGCCCUCCCUGUCUUGGGGAGGAUUUGCUCUUGGGUUGGUCCCCAGUGGAGGGUCAGGAGCAUUUAGGUAGGAAUUCCUUUCCGUAUUACUCUUCAGGUUAUGAGAAUGGCCAAAACUGGGAGUCCCUGAGGGGAAUCCUGGUUGUAUUGAAGGCCGGAGCCCAGCAUCGGGCCCGCAGCUCAGGGUGCGUUUCUUUGCUGGUGCUGCCAGGAACAACAUUCAGUCCCAGAACGGGAAAUUCCUGUGUGUAGUUUGUAUGUAAAACACAAGCCAUGCCUUCACCAUUUGUGUUUUAUUCCUUUCCAACGUGGUGUAAAUUUGUACAUUUCAAGAGCCCGUGUUCAGUCGUUUUCCUUCGCACUAGCUCCAUCCGUCCCAUGCUUGUGUCACACUCCCAGGUCGUGCGAAGGGACAGCCACUAACUGUGUGGGGGUUAAUGGCUGUAGCUCACGGGUGUGUUAAAUUAAACAGUUACUGAAGGAAA